CACGUCGUUGUCGUGGCGACACAGGAACUCGAUCCAUUUAAUGCUCUGAGUCAGUCAUUUUUAAAACAGAAAUCUGUGAUCGCGUUUUGAUGAAGUAACUUCAGGGGAAGUGAUCGCUGCGAUGUGUUUAUUGCUCGGUGCGUCUGGAGCAGGAAAAACGCUUUUACUGAAGCGACUACAGAAGUUGUGUCAGAUGGGUGCACAGGAGGAUUUGGGUGAAGCGCCCGUCACGCUGCCCACGGUCGGCACCAACCUCACAGACCUCACACUCCGGAAGAGGAAGAUAACGGUUCGAGAGCUGGGGGGCUGUAUGGGGCCCAUUUGGCCAAAAUACUACUCAGAUUGCAGAUCUGUUAUAUUUGUGGUGGACAGUGUCAACACCGUCCAGAUCUCGUCGUCUUGUGUCCAGCUGCUGUCUGUUCUCUCUGCCGAGCCGCUGCAGUCUGCUGCUGUACUCGUACUCUUCAACAAGAGGGAUCUUCCUUGCACCAUGUCUCUGGUGGAGCUGAAGGCAUUGUUCAGGAUGGAUGACAUCAUUAGAAGUGCGCCUCAGUCGAUCUCAACACUAGAGACCAGCGCUCGCUCCGGACAGGGCCUUCAGGAGCUGCUCAGCUGGCUGUUUUCACACCGCUCUCAUGAUACAGGAUAGAUGAGAACUAAUAUUAAAUCAGACAGACGUGAUGUGACGAUACACUUGAUGUUCAGUCCUCUCAGCGCUGUGAGCUCAGCUCGGCCCCACGCCACAUGUUUGUGCAAACACACUAAUCUGAGAAACAGCUGUGAAAAAAUGUAGUAGAACUGGAGAACUUUUGAUGACCGUCAUGUCAUUAAAAACCUGUAUGACUUCCUGUGCGCUGGUUAACAGUUUAUGUGGAAGAAUUGUUCCAAAAUCUAUAGUAAAGUUUAGUUUGAAGUGCAGGAAUGCGUUUCUUCAAGAUAAAGAAUCUAAACUAUAAGCAGCCGUUCAUGUGAGAUGUAGUCAGUGGAAUGGGGAAAUAAAAAGAAAGACCUAUAAUAAAGCAUUAAGCCCCAAGAAGCUGUGGUUUACAUUUAUAACAGCUAAUGGCAUUGUGUAGGCACGACACGAAGCAUUCUCUUAGCUGUUGUAAAUAUUUUGUUAACCACGGCUUCACACGGAUUAUUGCUUUUAUAAAACGGUUGUUCCAUAUUCAUAGCAAGGUUUCAGAAAAUAAAACGAAGCAAAUGAAGUGUAAUGAUAUUAAUUAAAAAAAAUAAUUCUUCCGCCAAACAAUGUAGUUCCUCAGAAACUGUUGUGGUUGCAUCAAAGUGGUUGCCAAGCAACACACAAACGUAAACAAAUAGAUGUAUGUUUGUAGAGUAUUUUACAACAGCUUCAAAUGUGGCUCAACCAGUCAGAAUCAAGGACCAGAACUAUGUCAUGGGUUAGAUGCUCAAAAAGACACAAGUAAACAUUAAUCUAGCACAUCUUUGCGUAGAAAAACCAAAGCAGAAGAGCCCAAAUAGAUUACUAAGAGUGACCAAAAAUAUUUUUUUUUAUUGAGCACUCCAAGUAUUAUUAUUUUUUUAAAAUCAUAUUCAGUUAUAUUCUCUACAUCUCGAUGCAAAAAUAAAUGUUAAAAAGACUCUUAUGACUUAUAAGCUUGGCCCGCAGACCCUAAUUAGGGAACCUUCAGUCUAGACUCUAGAGCAUGUUUACAAAGAGAAACAACAGAAAAAACAUCACACAGGGCAGACAAAUGUGUGUGUGUGGGUGGGGGGGGGGUGAUAUCUAGAGAUUUGUUUUAUAAAAGUUCAGCAGAUUUUAAUUUGAGUGUCAUGUUAUUAGAUCGGUGCAAGACAAAGCAAAAGGGUCAAAGUCUGUCCACUGCAUGUUUACAACACAAUACAAACCUGUGUAAUAUCCCUGUGUGAUUAUGACGUGUAGUGUAGACUAUAUGAGACAUUUUGGUCACACAAUAUCCAUUCUUCAAUUUGUGUUAUUUCAUAGUUUUCUAAAAUGUGGAAAAAUGAAUAAAUUAUGAGCAUCCAAAUAUUUGACUAGCAUUGUUUUCAUAUACUUAAGAAAAAGCCAUCCAGACGUAGAGCACAUCAUGAACCAUAAACAAACACAAACCAGACAUGUGAUUCAUUCUCAUCUUCAUCCUUGUAUUUGAUGAGCAACAUGUGCAACAGUCUCACAUUAUUACAUUCUGUUAGUAUGUGGCAUCAGUUCAGUCUGAACACCACGGGAAGUACAUUCUCUUGCUGGAAGUCUAUUCAUUCAACAGUCACUGCCCAAUAUUAAAAAAUCAUUAUUUAUACUUGAAAUUUUACUGCUUAAAUUAUUGGCCAUAAAAUCUUAGUCGCUUUUAUCUGUCAUUCUGGUGUCGGUGACCCAUCAGGAUUUCACAGAUACCAGUCAAGAAAAUAAAAGGACAUCAUUGAAAGUCAUCAGACACUCCAGACCAAGAAAGGGACACUAAAGCAAGGCUAGAAAUUGGUUCAAGAAAUCAGAGAAUAUGAUGAAACUGUAUGAGAGGCUUUGGACUUGUGCUUGGUUAUGUACUGGGUUUUAUGGUACGAGUAACAAGUGUGUUAUCAUUUCCAAAAACUAUUAUAAUACUUAAAAGGCGACACUGAUGCUGUUGGAGUUGGAUUAAAUAUUCUUAACCUUUAAA